AAGCGCGGCGAGGAGCCCCCAGCGGCUUGGCGGAGGCGCUCCGUUUCCCCCGCCGAGCGGAGCAGCGCCGCGAGAAGAUUAUGGCACAGGCUCAAGGUUUUGGGAGAAGAUACCUUAAAGCCUUCUUCAAAGGUUUCUUUGUUGCUGUUCCUGUAACUGUGACCUUCCUGGAUAGAGUUGCCUGUGUAGCCAGAGUGGAAGGAGCAUCAAUGCAGCCUUCCUUGAAUCCUGGGGGAAGACAAGCAUCUGAUGUAGUGCUCUUGAACCAUUGGAGCAUUCGAAAUUAUGAUGUGCAACGUGGGGACAUUGUGUCAUUGGUGUCUCCUAGAAACCCUGAACAGAAGAUCAUUAAACGAGUGAUUGCUCUUGAAGGAGACAUUAUCAAAACUAUUGGGUACAAAAAGAAGUACGUGAAAGUUCCACAUGGGCAUAUUUGGGUGGAAGGUGAUCACCGUGGUCACAGCUUUGACAGCAAUGCAUUUGGCCCGACUGAAUAGUACCAAAAUACUUUUGGAGGGAAAGCUCCCCAGAAGAUUCCUGAUGCUGCAGUGUUGUAUGUGUCGACUAGCUGCAAGUGCUCCCUUUUGCCAAGUACAAUAUACUGUUUUCAUUCAGAUGCGUAGAUAUGUAAUUUUCUCUGUAACGAUAAAGGACUUGAGAAACAAGUUCAUAUACACAUGAGAUCUGUACUCAAAUAUGCUAUCAGCUCUUCUACAUUUUCAGCUUUUACUCAUUGUCAAAGUAACUUUGGGUGCCCUCACAAAUUUACUUGCAUCAGUAAAGACUUGAGGUUGCAACUCAAAGCAUUCUUUAAUCAACAUAAAGUCUGAUUAUAUUUAGUGAAUGGAGUCCUGUUGAGAGUAAGUCCACUCUUCCUAAAGUUGUUGAUAGUUAUUUUAAUGUUUGUAGAACCAGAAUGAAAUUUUGUUAACAUCAAUUUUCGAAGUACCUACUGUAUUUUGAAUUGAGGCCAAGGGUUCAGUAGAGCUGCAAAGCAUGUAACUGUAAAAUGACGUCAGUAGAUAAAUUAAACAAGAUAAAAAUGCUAAUGAAGGACACAGUCUCUAUGCCACAUUGAAUGGUGGAAGUUAGGAAGAAAUUUUUAUUCGCGCUGGAUCCCACUAUGCCUCAUAUCUUUCUACAUGCCUUACAGAGAAUAUUCCUGCAAAUAUUUAAUAAAUAUUUUUCUGAUAUCACAGUAUUUCAAUUACAA